AUGAAGCUCAUCACCGUGGCCCUGGUGUGCCUGCUGCUGGCUGGGAUGUGGCUGCACGAGGCGGACAGCAGGAGCAUGCACGUAUCGUCCUCCAACUGUUGCUUCACGUUUGUGGAGAAGAAGAUUUCCUCGCAGAGAAUCCAGUGUUACAAAAACACCAGCUCUGCGUGCUCCCGCAGUAGUCUAAUAAUCAAGCUGAAGGGAGGCAGAGAGACCUGUGUCUUGCCGACAGCCCCAUGGGUUAAGCAAUCUUUAAAGUCCAAGGAACCGUGCCUGCUAAAGUAAACACGAGUGGAUUUCCUUCCAUCCUGGACUCUGAAGACCGCAUGGCUUCACCUGUCCCCCGCCUCAGCCCCUGACCCUAUGCCAGUCCUUCUGCCCAGCUUUGUAAGGUCGUAGAGGGUUGACUCAGUCUUAAUAAGCUAUGUUGUUGCACUUUAUAUAUUUAAAUGCUAGAAUCUUCAAUUCCUGCCUCCCUGGGCUUCUUGGAUCCCACAGGGAUUUCAGGGUGCAAACUUGAUUGGCACUGAGAAGCUGGGGCCAGGGGCCAGGUGGGUGGGGGUGGGGAAGACUGGUU